AUCGACGGCUUCGCCAUCGCCAGCUUCAGCACCUUGGAGGCCUUGGAGAAGGACAUGGCUCUCAAACCACAUGAGCGGAAAGAGAAAUGGGAACGUCGCCUCACUAAGAAGCUCCGGGAGUCAGAAAACUGCCCCGCAGCAGAGCCCAGUGAAAAUGGGCAGCCCCUGGAGGCAGGCAGCCCUGAGCAGGACUUAGAACCCCCCUGCGAACAGGGCACGAAGAAGCUUCCACUGCAGCCCGCCAAGCAGAUGAAGGUGGCAGUGGCCAGGGGUGGUGACAGGACCAGUGACAACGACAGCACGCAUGAGGCCACCAGCUCCAGGCACAGCAGCUCCCGGGACCAGCUCAGUGAUAGCUCGGCGCAGGCAGUCUCCGGAAGAGGCUACUCGUGUGACAGUGAGAGUGACGUGGAUGACAAGGCAUCUGUUGGCUCAGAGAAGCUCUUCUCCCCUGAAACCAAUAGAGGUCCUGCCCUUGGGGAGAAGGUGGAGGUCAAGGCCGUGACUGUGCCCAGGGUCUCAGGCCUGGAGCGGAGCCGUGAGCUGAGCACCCAGACGCCCUUCCUGCCUUCUGUGCCCAGCCCUGCGGCUGCCCCCGCAGCCACCACUGCCGCAGCCUCUGCGUCCCCCACGGGGCCUCCACCAGGCACACGGGCCAGCCCCUUGGUGAAGAAGGAAGCUCCCGCCCUGCCCCGACUCACCCCACAGCCUCCACCGCCACCCACACCUCCCCAGCCCCGGGCCCCACUCCCUACACACGUGCCUGUCUCCCUGGGCACCUACCCGGGCACCAGCCAGGCCACGCACGGCAGCCUGCCCUGCUUCAGCAGGAGCAGCGGUGGUGCAGCCAGCGGUCCUGGCCUCAGCCUCUCGAAGAACGUGGCCCUGUCGCCUCACGGGGCGGGCCCUGUGCUGGGCCUGCCCAGCUCCAACCUGUCUACCUCGCACUUCACGCUACGGUCACAGGCCCAGCACCAGCACCCCGCGGUGGCCAUGUUCGCCACCCCCCCGACACUGCCCCCUCCCCCGGCGCUACCCAACAGCCUGGUCCUUCCAGGGCACCCAGCCGAUCAGGAGCUGCUCCGACAAGAGCUGAACACGCGCUUUCUGGUCCAGAGCUCGGCGCGGCCCGGGGCCCCCCUGGGGUUUGAGAAGUACGCCCCCAAGCUGGACACCCCGUUCUUCCGACAUUCCAACGUGAGUGGCCCCUCACUGUGGUCUCGGCCUAGGUUGUUCCCGUCCUUUCCUCCGGCCAUCCCUGGGAUGCCCACUCUACUGCCACACCCCGGCCCCUUUGGGUCCCUGCAGGGUGCCUUCCAGCCCAAGGUAGCGUCUGAGUGGGCAGGCCUGUGGGCACAGUUGGACGGCUUGUGGACGGCCAGCCCCAUUGAGGUGACAGGCCGGGCCAGUGCCGUCCAUGCCCUCCUCCAGAAGGCCCCUGUGGUGUCAGACCACUACCGGACCAUGGUCAGGAAACCCGGGAAGUGGUGUGCCGUCCACGUGCAGAUCGCUUGGCAGAUCCACCACCAUCAACAGAAGAUCAAGCAGAUGCAGCUGGACCCCCACAAGCUGGAAAUGGGCACUAAGCUGGACCUGUUCAGCCGGCCCCCGGCCCCGGGCAUGUUUGCAGGACUCCACUACCCGCAGGACUUGGCACGGCCACUCUUCUCCAGCACUGGUGCUGUUCACCCCCCCACCAGCCCUUUUGGACCCCCCACCCAUCACAGCAGCUUCCUCCCCACCGGUCAUCUAGCAGACCCUUUCAGCAGAUCCAGCACUUUUGGGGGCCUCGGCAGCCUGGGGAGCAACGCCUUCGGGGGCCUGGGCGGCCACACACUAACAGCAGCAGGCGGUGUCUUUACCCAAAAGGAGGCUUCCACGCUGCACAGCCCGCCCACGCUGCAUGGCCUGCCCAGCCCCCACGAGGCCUGGAGCCGGCUGCACCGGGCACCACCCUCCUUCCCCACACUGCCCCCAUGGCCCAAGCCUGUGGACGCUGAGCGUGUCUCCACCCUGACUAACCAUGACCGAGAGCCAGACAGGAGCAGGGAGGAACGAGAGCGGGACAAGGUCCUGGACAGGACGCGCCUGCUGAGCCGGGGCUCACCCUCUGCGCCACUCGGCCACCCCAUCAGCAGUCUUCUCCUCCGAGGUGGCCCAGGUGAGCCAGGCCGGCCCGGGGAGUCCACUGAACCCCGGGUUAAGGAGAGUCGAUCUCCGAUCAAGGAGGACAGCUCGAAGGCAGCCUCGCACCCACCAUCGCCCUACAGCAAGGCGGCCUUGGGGGAUGUGAAGGUCAAGGAAGAGCGGUGGGAGGAGGCGGACACAGCUGCUCUGGGGCCCCCGGUUGGCCGCGAGCGCCCGGGCUUCGAGUGGGAGCCGCCUCGCCGCCCCUGCCCUGCUACGCCUGUGCCCCCAGAGUCAUCCGAGCGCCCCUACCGCGACCGUGAACCCCACGACUCCAGCCCGGAGCACCGCUGGGCCACGCGCAGGGAGGAGCUGGAACGCACCCGCCCUCCUCCGCACCAGCCCUCACACCCGCCCGGCGGCCCCGCACUGGACAGCUCGGCGCUGCUGCCCCCGCUGGGCACUCUGCACUACGCGCGCCUGGCGCCCACGGCCACGCACAACGGGCUCCUGGCGCGCACCCCGCCCGCCGCCAGCCCGCUCAGCGCGCCCCCUCCCCUGGUGACCACACCCCCCUCAGGCCCUGGGCAGCAGCCCCCGCGCAGGACUACACCCCACGGUUCCUCUGGGGAGGCGCGUGACUACUCCCCAACCCGCAACCCGCAGGAGGUAGAGGCCAGGUAG